UCACGAUGCACCACCACGGUGCGUGCCGCGAGCGUUCAGGGUUUCAGCGCACUCGUCCUCGCUGUGUUUCGACAUCGUAGAGUUGCACCGAUUUCGGAUUGAUUGGUACCCCAGUCGCGGAGUGAAGUAGCACCCCAGUGUCCCAGAAAUAACAUAUUUAAUUGCCUCGGCCAUUUAGUAUUAUUUGGUACCCCGGGGUACCGCCGUAAGGAUCAUAUAUCCAUCUUGCUAAUAAUGUCGAUUGCUUAGAUGAGGAAGUGGUUCUUGGGGAUGACAUGUAUGAUGGCUGGAGGCAGUCAAAGGAGUAGACACACCCAAGAGGACGUCCACCACUGAAAUGGAGCAAUGCAAUCCGCUUGUGUGUACGAGCCAUAUGGAGUGUAGCAUCGCAAGGCCAUGAAAUAUCGUGAUGGUUUGGGGAGACCUUCAUCCAGCAGUGGAUAGAUCGUGUUUGGUGAUUAAUAAUGGGAAAUAGGACAAUGCCAAGGUCCUCGUUUACAAAUGUAAAACACAACACUAAGAUGCAGAAAGAGGAGCGUGUGGAUCAGGGAACACAUGCAAGCGAAAUACAUGAUAUUGACUGUGAAUAAAAUUUUUUAUUGGGCUUGGGCAGGACAUAUCAUUAUUUGAAGAGAUGAUGGCUGAUGGAUGAGACUGCUGAUGAAAUGGGAGCCAAAGUGAAGUAUGUGCCCAAGGGGCCUCCCACCAAGGAGAUGGAAUGAUGAGAUUAGUCCAUAUGAAGAAGCAAGUUGGAUUGUGGAAUUACAGAAUAUUAAGGAAUGAUGUUCAUUCAGCAGUGGAUAUGAACAGGUUGACGAUAAAAAAAUAAUUUACGUCAACUCUCUGAACCUUUUUUUCAUCUGAAAUAAGUACGACAUGGAGUCAACGUCUUUUAAAUCAACGUGAGAUUAGCACCACAGGAAUGCAAGGCCUGGCCUGUGUUGAAUUUCUAUUAUAUCUGCUGGUAUAGUUAAAGCCUUUAAUUCAGUAUCAUACGCUGUGGUAAAACAUACUGUUGAAUGAGCACAGAGCACAAAGUUACAAAAACAUUCCCAAAACAACAUUGAAAAUAUGAUAUAUAGGACGUGUUAUUUUUUUAGUCAAAGCCAAAGUGGUUCCUCGUUCAAAUUGAUCAAGUCGUGGCACUCAUCUCGCGUGUAAAGCCACAAGCUCGCGAGCCAACCCAUUGAUCAUUUCCCAAAACCGUGGUACUGAUUUAAUUAUCUGUGGCGCGAUGACCAGCUGAGUCGACCCCAGGCCAGAAUUUGAACUCACACCCUUCCGAUUGCAAGCCGCACACAGUGGGCAUCAUGAAUAUAGAAAUGAACGCAAGCGAGCGAUGCAAUGUCACACUCCUUUAAUCGGCACUGAACAGAAACGUAUGUUGUGUCAUUGCAGAGCUCCACACGCCUGCUUGGCGCUAUGACGUGACAUGGCACAAGAGACGGAUGGGGGUGGCAGCACUUGAUCGGCGGUCUAUCUUUAUAGGGGGUCUCUGGACUGCACUCCAUAAACAUUUACAGUGUUCGCCUGUUUUGAUCGCAGGCAAUUUAUGUAACGGCAGGUUGCUAAUAUGGCGAUGAGACCGACAACACUGUGCAAUUCUCUUUUAAGCAAAGCAUGCCUUUGUAUCUUUAAUGUGUGCAAGAGAAUAUGGCAUUAAGCCAAAGCUUUAACAUUCUUGCCUUUUAUCGGACUUGGCCUCUGUGGGGUUAGACUCACAAAGUGGUUUGGCACUCAAGCACAAAAGACAACGAUCCCUCUUUUAGCUUUAUUGACUGUUCGGACAAGUGCCAUUAGCGAGCACCUAUUAUGGCUGGUAAAACACAUCGGGCUGUAGUAUGGUAGCAAACGCGAUACCCCGCCGAUAUUUUGAUCCAGGAAAAGUUUAAAAACCGACUGGUGUGCAUGGCCCAGAAUUACGUGUGCUACCGUCCCUUCCACAGUAGAGUAAGACGAAAUGUAGCACGCACUCGUCAAAAAUACCAACAACAACAAAAAAAACCCCUGCACUUACAUAAACCAUGAAGUUCUAAUCGAUACACAUACAACACAAUUUACGAAUGUAAACGAUGGCCCCACAAAACGAUCCAUAGAUUAACCGUAACUUUACGAAAGGCGGGCCGCACUGCAAGCGCGCUCACAAUAACAACAUGGAUAGUGCGACGGUGCGCGCAAACGCGAACGAGCCUCGUGGCUUUAGGCUUUGGCCAUGCUCAAUGGAACAAGGCUAUUUUCGCCACCAAACAGGGCGUUGACCUCACCUGGUCUCGCUGCCACGUCUGUGCCCUUGUAUUGCGCUGCACAGCUGCACACAUCUGCACUCGGUGGGCACGCUGACAUUGCACUUUGGUUGUGAAGCCCCUGCUGGGGAUAUCAAUGAUCCGCAUGUCUCCUUUUGGCAAUCAAGCCAGAAAUAUAUUUUUUGUUUAAAUGCAAUGAGCACACAGUUUUACGUGCUUAGCAAAUGAUAAACCCCAAAGUGAUUUUAAUUUGUCCCAAAUGGCUUGUUGUAUUCAUCUGUCAAAGUGUACUAUAUAUGUUCCCAUUUCCAUAUCCAUUAUUUUCACUGCCGUUUCAAAGGAUGGCAUGCAUUUUACAUUAUCCAUGUUGAUUUCAAUUCUUAUCGAAUAAAAGAAAUGCAAUUAGAUGUACAAUUGCGAUGUUCAUCACGAUUUAUGUUGCGCAAGGAGGUAAAUUAGAAAUCAGAUUUCAUAUGAACUGGGUCAGAUGGGAUUGCACACACAAUAAUUGGCAAACUAAGCUCAUUGUGGGAACAUAUUGAAAUAGUUGAAUGUUUACAAUACAGGACGAUGCUUAAUUCUGUAUGAUGAUUGUUUACUUUGUAAUAUGUGGAACAGAGUAACUUUCCCUUUGUACUGUCAUAUUAUUAGGGGUUUGGAGUAAAAGCAUCAUACUUGAACAUUGUCUGAUGUUGAAUGUUCUCUUCAAUAUUAUAAUGUACUUACAAUACAAACGUCAUCAUCAACGUGAUGAUUUUUUUAUUUUAAUCAUAUUGCAUAAAUGUAGUUAUUUAUGUCUGAUGUUGAAUGUUCUCUUCAAUAUUAUAAUGUACUUACAAUACAAACGUCAUCAUCAACGUGAUGAUUUUUUUCUUUUAAUCAUAUUGCAUAAAUGUAGUUAUUUAACCCAAGGCUAUAUGUUAGGCUAUGUGUUGUAUUUAAGGUUUAGUAUUUAUCGUUUGCAUAAAUCUUCACUCAAUAUACGGUAGCAAUAUACAACAUAGCAAAGUUUCACAUGGGUGACGAGGUUUGGGCAUUAUUAAAUGGGUUGUUUCUACUAAAUUAUAUUUCGCACAAUUUCAUGGCAGUUUAAUUGCAAAUCUGCCCUCCAGUGUGACAAUGCGUCAUUAGACUAUGCGGCAGGGGGCAUGCGGAGGCAGUGAUUUCUGUUCGCUGCAUUGUUUGAGAAUGAUCAUGGGACUGCCCUGUUUCAUAUUAGGAGGUGAAGCUACAAACCACAGCCUGUCAGAUACGGGGAAACUGCCAGCCGGCACCGUGCAACAGCUGAGAUAAACGUUAUUUACAGAAUCGCUGCAUGGGGGUCGGGACGGAUAUGGGUUUGUGCCGACCCCAAGCAUAGUAGAGUUAGGAAUUUGGCUUCUGCUGCCUUUGCAUUUUCUUGUUUGGUAACAAGAUACAUUUGUAAUACGAAUAUCGGUUGUAAAUUUCAGAACACUGUGGCCCGUUCACAUCCUAAAUUCAGCUCUGUCAAUUUCCAAUAAAAAAAUAUAUCAAUACAACAAUAUAGAUACGUCUGUUUGUGUUUCCUCUUAGUCAGCAGUGACUCUUAUGCAUUGUCUCACACUCUGAAGAAAACAUUGUAGCAUUGACAGUGUAACGUUUUAAAUCGUGAGACACUCCGGCAUUUGGUGGCAUCUCUGGAGCCAAACCAAUUUGCCAAACGCAAAUCUGUGAAGGAAGCCCUCCAGCGCAGAUCCACGACAUGUAAUAUUACUUUUGGGGAAUUAAUUAUAAUUCGUUCCGCAAAAGUAAUCAGCUGGCACUGCCCUGGUUAGAGUCAAGAGUGCUCCCCGUCAAAAUGACUUUGGGCUCUGAAGAGAAAUGGCAUGAGAGAGAGACUACAGUGGCUGACACGGGACAAGCUGCCCAUGGACCUACCCUGGGGAGUCCCUUAAAAGUCGCCCAGAGGCCAACAUCCCCAUGGCUGCCUGCAAACCCCUGCGCUGACAGAAAAAGGCUUCUGCUCAGAGACAGACUGCUGAACUUGGGCCCUGCUAAAUAUAGCUUGUGCCGGGUGCACCGAGAAAGGAAGAGACACGCAGCACGGCAGAACUCGGCAGGCAGAGCCGGUGCUAGCCUUCGUCGUGGUGGCCUGGGCAAGUGACUGAGCACGGCAGGGUUACUUUAAACCCCGUCGAGCCUUUAAAGUUGUUGCUUUUAACGUGUGGGUGUAGUUACAUAGGGCAUGCUGGAGACACUACAUUGGUAUGAAGACCAAGCGGAGGAGGGAGAGGAGAGCGUUUACAGCCGUUUGAUGAAGGCUCAAUGCUGCUAUGAGGUCAUCCCCACCAGCUCCAAGCUCGUGGUGUUUGACACCUCCCUGCAGGUUAAGAAGGCCUUCUUCGCCCUGGUGGACAGUGGCGUGAGGGCGGCACCGCUGUGGGACAGCAAGCUCCAGACGUUUGUGGGGAUGCUCACAAUCACAGACUUCAUCAACAUCUUGCACAGGUACUACAAGUCGCCGAUGGUGCAAAUAUAUGAACUUGAAGAGCACAAAAUAGAAACAUGGAGAGAGGUGUAUCUGCAGGACUCGUUCAAGCCCCUGGUCAGCAUAACACCAGAAGCGAGCCUGUUUGAUGCCGUGUACUCCCUCAUUAAAAACAAGAUUCACCGGUUGCCCAUCAUCGACCCUGUCUCUGGAAACGUCCUCUACAUCCUCACGCACAAGCGCAUCCUCCGCUUCCUGCACCUCUUUAUUUCCGAGCUGCCGAAGCCCCGCUUCAUGUGCAGGCCGCUGGGAGAGCUGCGAGUGGGGACGUUUAAUGACAUCGCAUUCAUCUACACGGACACGCCAAUCAUCACGGCCCUCAACCUGUUCGUGGAAAGGAGGGUCUCGGCCCUGUCUGUGGUGGACCAGUCUGGGAGAGUGGUGGAUGUUUAUUCUAAAUUUGAUGUAAUAAACCUGGCGGCAGAGAAGAACUACAACAACCUGGACGUGACGGUGACACAGGCGCUGCGGCACCGCUCGCAGUACUUCGAGGGCGUCGUCAAGUGCCACCGACAGGAGUCCCUGGAGACCAUCAUCGGCCGCCUCGUGCAGGCCGAGGUACACAGGGUGGUGGUCGUGGAUGAGAAUGACCGGGUGGUGGGCAUCCUCUCGCUCUCGGACAUCCUGCAGGCCCUCAUCCUCACUCCGGCUGGCGUGGAUGCCCUGAACAGCUAAUCUCAGCCAGAGCCACUUCAGCUACAACUCUCAUAGCCAGAUGGGUGCAAGACAGCUACUUCCACUGCAGUCAAGUUGGAAAACAACGUCUGCAAAACAUUCACGCUUGCACACUGCUCAUGGGACUUGAAGCUUCACAGAAUGCAAUGCAAAGACUGCACUUGGAAACUCAGACGUGAAAUCUGGAAACGUCUUAUCCUGGUCCACAUGGACAAGGUGUGACCACAUUUGAUUGGGCGACAGCAUCCCCACAGAAAGAGCAACGAUCUCUCGUGUAAACUGUACAUUUUAUAUGUUAUAAAAUUUUCUAUAGUCUGAAGCUGAUAUGCGCUAUGAUUUUGAAAAAAGGGGGAUUUAUUUAUUAUGUUCUCAUAGGUUUAAGUGACAUUGUAUGAAUUGAAUUUCCCAUAAUACUGUAUUUAACGUUUGAAAGCGCAGUGCUUAGGAGAGGUACAAACAAAAUGUGUUAUUUAUUGCUAGGGAGCGCUUUCAAGCCAGCUGCUAAGGUGUGCAUUGGCAAGGUCGCAUUGUUCCUAGCAUGUUUACAUCACAUGACUCAUUAAAGAAAAAGGUUCACGAUUUCAAAA